GUUCCAUUUGGGAAAAGGAGCCGACGAGUCCAGACCAUGGGCAACGCGACGAGUUGGCUGACGCAGUCUCUGUGCCCAGAGGAGCAGGCACUAUGGGUGGUGGCCAAGAGCGGUGACCUGGCGGCGCUACGACAAGGGUUAGCGCGUCUGACUCCCGAGACGCGCUUCUAUUCGGAGUGGCGGGACCCCGUGUACGGCUACUCGCCACUGGCCAAUGCUUGCUCGCAGGGCCAUCUACACUGUGUGCAGGAGCUUCUCGCAUACGGCGUGGACUGCAAUGCGCGCGACUCACAGGGUAAUACACCGCUACAUAUAGCCACAGCCUGCGGGAAGAGCGAGGUGGUGCGGCUUCUGCUGGAGGUGCCAGCGGUGGACUAUUUCGCGAAGACUUCCACCAAGGCGCAGACCGCGCUGGACAUUGCGCGCCAGGCGUACAGAACGUCAGAGGGACGAGGACUGACGUACAUUCAGUGUGUAGAGCACAUCGAAAAGAAACUCUGCCUUUACUCGGGUUGGCUGUAUGAAAGGGCCGACAAUUUUUUAUCAAUUGCUUCGGGAAUUUCUGGUCUGGACUCGUGGAAGAAGAGGUAUGCUAUGGUGUUGCGGACAGCAGCACCAGAUGUCGUUGAGAUCGACUUAUUUCCAAUGAAACCUGGAGAGCGACGCCCACCAGUUCCAAGCUCUGAGCUAUUGUACAGAACGAGCGAUGGCAUUCAGCAGAGUGAUGACUCUACGUGGCUCAAUCGGAAGGAUUUCCGUCUGUCGCUGAAGGUUUCUAGAAAACAGGAUACCAGUCGAGCUUCGGCUGUCCAGUCGAUGGAUUUCGCUACUACGAAUCAGGGCGAACUCGUCGCGUGGAAGACGUUUUUAACCAGUCUACGAGUCAACCGUCCAGUGAGCCCGAUCACACCAGCGUUUGGAGGCACUCCAUCGACUGUACCAGCGCGACCUGCGACGAGCCCUGCACAAUGCGCCAGUUCCACUCAAGCUGCAAUGCUACAGGAGCAGCGCGAUCUGGAGCGAGCUCUCAAAUUAUCCCUUGAGGAAGCGCGUCGCCACUCUCGAACUCAGUCAGCGCCUUCCGCCCCGCCUCCUUCGGACACGAUGCUGGAAACGCUGGGCUAUUCUGAAACAGUGGUGGGGCCGGAUGGAGUGGAGAUUGUGCAACUGCUUCGCGACGAUGCUACUACGUCGACCCCACCGGUAAAGAGCGCCCCAGCACACAGCACGGUAACCCAACACACGAACGAAUGUGUGAUCUGCUUUGAUGGACCUCAAGAAGCGGUUUGCGUCCCAUGCGGCCACAACGCCGUUUGCAUGGACUGCGCUCAAGAGCUUCUUGAUACCACUCGGCUCUGUCCUGUAUGCCGACAGCAAGUGAGAGAGGUGAUCCGACUGUACCGUGUUUAAACAGAAGUGCAAUACGCAAGCGCAAGAAGUUUGAAAUACAUUAAUUAUUUUUUGGCAAGAUGUUGCUACAGAAGUCCAUGUGUGCUCGAUGCAGUCAAACACGGUAAAGCUUGAUUAGUUCGCGAAUGGGUGUCCUGCAUACGGGGCAUUCCGCGGUGGUGGUGAGUAUCUCCUCAGCACACUUCAUGCAGACAGCAUUGUGGCCACAGGGCACACAUACAGCAGACUGCGGGCCGUCAAAGCAGAUCACGCACUCGCCGAUAGAUGAAUGUGCAGUUGUAUCUCCGUAGUUGACUGCAGGUGGCUUUUGCUCGGAGGCUGACGGCAUCAACGCACUCUCUUGCUCUCUCGUUUCCGUAGCAGCCACGGGAGACAUCUGCUUAUCGCUCGACUCGCAUUCUUCCCAAUCAUCCCAGUCCGGAGCUGAUACUGGCAGCACCGGAGAGCGUGUUGCGUCACUAGCGCAUCUUGCCGUUUGAAGAGAAAGCUCAAGGGCUUUGCGAAUAUCUUCGUCUUCAUCUGGGGAUAAGGUUGACGGCGUCGCAGACUGAGGAUUCCAUCCAGCUAUAUUAUCGUGACUGGCCUCGGGCAACCUCCACUGUUCACGAAGAUUGCUGUUCCGGUGGGAUCGCUCAGCGAAUUGCUGUUGCUGGUGAGUAAAGAAGUCCUUCCACGCAUCAAAACUCUGCUGGUUGAUUGCAGCAAAGUGCACGGGAUUCUGAAGAGCGGAGCUUGCUCUGUAGUGACACUUGCUUAGCUGAUCGCCACGUACAAUAAACGUGAAGUCUUUGCGGCUGAACCAUCUCGGAUCACUAGAGGCCUCCAUUCCAGCUGCAACAUUGUACAACAUGACUGACGUUGGGCACACAGGACGCACUCCGCCACCUUCUUUCAUGCUGAAAAGAGCCAACUCUAGUACAUCAGGUUCCCCACGUUCCAAUACGAUGCACAAGCGUCGCGUCCACGAAUUUAAUGACGUAAUGCCUGACACCAGCGACAGCACAUUGUCGGUCUUCGUGUACAGCCAGCCACUGUACAGACAGAAUUUCUGCAUCAUUUCAACAAUUAGCACGCCAUUUAAAUAUUUUUGCAUGCCA